UCCUUUGGAGGUUAAUCAUAUGAGUACACAGCAACCUUCCGAGGCACAAUUUACUUCCGAGGUUAAUUGUCCCGUUACCUCGGAAGUUUAAACCUCUGAACAGCGUUAUAAUGUUCACCAGACUCUCCUGGUUAAAUAUGAAGAUUACCUCUAAAUAACGUUGUAUAGUGUGUCGUGUGUUUGAGUGUGCUUGCACACAUUGACAUACGAAAACAGGGCGUGGAAAAAGUUUAAAGUCGGGCAUGCGCAUUGGCUCUCCGUUUCGCUGCGCAUGCCUAGUCCGCCCCCGCGGGCACCUGUUAAAUUCGCGCAUUGGGCAUGCGCACUACCAUCGACACCUCACGUGGUGUGGGAACAACAUGGCGGCUUGCCGAGAUGUUUUUGGCCAGAAUCAACGCCCUUGCAGAAAAAAAGCCAACCAAAACUACCUUCAGACAAACACGGCUGAAAUUGAGCUGAAUUUGUGCUAUAUGCAGUAUAUCGAUCAAUACAUAGGUAAUGGAGUGUUUGCUAGGCAAGAGCUCUUGAAGGGGCAAUUUAUUCUCGAGUACAGAGGAGAACUAUGUAAACAGCAGUCUGAUGGUGAUGAAAUGUUCAAAUACCAUUUCAGACAUAACAACAAGGAAUACUGCAUCGAUGCCUCAAAAGACACGUGUCUGGCAUGCAUGGUCAACGACUUGGACCGAUACACAAAGCCUAAUUGCAAAGUGGUUAAAGUUGUUGAUGACAGACAUCAACCAAGACUCUUGUCUGUUUGCAACUGA